CGAGGUCUGGAGACACUCAACAAUUUGAAGUAAAAAUAUCACAACAGAAGGAAAACCUCUUAUAUUUUCCGAUGACAAGUUCAGCGGACCCUCCGGCUCUACUUAGUUCCGCCGAUGUCUGAAAAGGUCCCACUUGAGACCGUUCGGGUGUGGCACUGACUAUAUAGAGUUGUGUAGUAGUAGUAGUAAGCCAAUUUGGCCAGAGCAACUCCACUUCCCGGGCUCUUCAUUCCUCUCAUUUCUUUGAUUCUCCGCCCUGAAAUUCAUUCAUCAAAACAAAGAAGAGCGAAAAGGUAUGGGGUCGGAGAUGGAGAAUGGGAAUUCAUCCAAAAAAUGGAGCUUCAAAGGGAAUGAGUUAUUGAUGAAGUCAUCAGCGUUGUCUGUGAGAAGUGCUUUGAACAUGCUGAUGGAGAAUUUGAACCCAGAUGAUCCCAGGACCGUAAUUCCAUUAGGCCAUGGCGACCCUUCUGCUUUUCCAUCUUUUCGGACUGCUCCUGAGGCUGAGAAGGCAGUUUCUGAUGCCCUUUCCUCUGCUAAGUACAAUGGUUAUGCCUCCACUGUUGGUAUUCUUCCUGCUCGGAAGGCAGUAGCAGAGCACCUCUCACAUGAUCUGCCAUACAAGUUAUCACCAGAUGACGUUUUCAUAACAAGUGGAUGUUACCAAGCCAUCGAAGCUAUUUUAACUGUCCUCGCUCGUCCUAAUGCCAACAUUCUAAUUCCAAAACCUGGUUUUCCUUAUUAUGAGGCUCGAGCAAUAUUUAGCGAUAUCGAAUACCGUUAUUUUGAUCUUCUUCCUGAAAAGGAUUGGGAAGUUGAUCUUGACGAGGUUGAAGCUAUAGCAGAUGAAAAUACUGUUGCAAUGGCAAUUAUAAACCCUGGAAAUCCUUGUGGAUAUGUCUACAAGUUUGAACAUUUGAAGAGGAUUGCUGAAACUGCCAGAAAGCUUGGGAUCUUGGUUAUAUCUGAUGAAGUGUAUUAUCAUCUCACCUUCGGAAGUAACCCUUUCGUGCCAAUGGGAGUUUUUGGAUCAAUUGCUCCAGUCAUUACUGUUGGAUCCAUAUCAAAAAGGUGGAUGGUUCCGGGUUGGAGACUUGGCUGGCUAGUCACAAAUGACCCCAACAACAUCCUCAAGCAAUAUGGGGUAGUUGAUUCUAUCAUUGGGUUUCUCAACAUUUCUACCGACCCUGCUACUUUCAUACAGGGUGCAUUAAGCCAAGUCCUUGAAAUGACGAAAGCUGACUUCUUUGCAAAGGUUAAGGAUCUGCUACGAGACACUGCAGAAUUGUGUUACAGCAAACUAAAAGAAAUCUCUUGCCUUACUUGUCCACGGAAGCCUGAAGGAGGUUUGUUUGUGAUGGUAAGAUUACGUAAGUGUGACAUUUUGUUUCAUCUGCUGUAAUUUGGUUAAGACUUAUAAAGAGCUGUCGGUUUAGGCGAGACUAAAUCUGUCCCUGCUGGAAAACAUUGAAGAUGACGUGGACUUCUGCCUCAAGCUCUCAAAGGAGGAAUCUGUUAUCGUUCUUCCAGGUAAAAAGCUUAACAUUGUUUCCUUUUAUUCUCUCUAGUUAAAAACCAAGCCAGUUUGUAUGUUUCUCCUACUCUUGAACAUAAUCUUUUUCCCUAAAAUAUGUAAUGUGUUGAUGUCUUUACUGCAAGUGGAUAGCUUUGCUGAUGCAUGUCAAGUGAAAUGAUGAAAAACUCUAAGAAUGUGUUUCCGUUCCCAAGUUACUGCUAAGAAUGCAUUUCUACACCCAAGCUAAGUACUUGCCUUCUGGUUAUGAUCAUCAAAAUUGAAUAACCUUUAAUGAACAAAAAGGUUACGGACCGUAAGGAUUUAGAUUCUAAAAGAUUCUUCAUAAGUUAUUGAUCCCUGAUUCUUGAUGGAUGUUGUUCUUGUAGGAAUUACUUUAGGAGUCAAGAAUUGGCUUCGUGUAACUUUUGCUGUUGAGCCAUCAUCUCUUGUUGAUGGACUGAACAGGAUGAAGGCUUUCUGUGAAAGGCACGCAGCCAAGAAACAAAAGAAAGUUGUUUCCUCAGAGAAGCGACCAUAGGUGAAUUGGUCCUUUCAACUAUGCGUUCGAUAUCUUGAUUCAUUAGCAACCUUCAAUAACAUAAACUGCUUUCCGAACAAUUUCCUCAUCUUUAUGAGGAAACAGAAUGGAAUUGUGAUAUUGCUAUAAACUAUUUGGUGUUGUAUGUACUUCAUUAGCAAAGCCUGGCAACUUUUUCUUGGCUAUCAUUCUUUUUUUUUUUUUUUUUUUCGAUACCUAAAUCACAAACAAAGGUUGUCCGAAAUUUAUAAAACCCAAAAUCAGGAAAGCAACUUAACUGAAAUUGGAUGAUCCAUUGACAGAAUAAGAUGCCCAGAGAAGAAGCACGAAGAAUGGUAACUAAUAAUAGUAAUAAUGUGGUGAAUUAAUAUCUCAAAAACCCAUCACCAUCGUCCGUGCGAUAUCCAUAUUAUAACCUUCUGGCCCUUAAACUUCUUCAUGAGUUCCAGAUUCUUCAAUCCCUUAAAAUUCCUUCAUUACAAGUUGAUUCAGGCUCUCGAUCGAACUGAACACUGAAAGGUAUCUUUGCUCUGUGUCUGAUGUGGAAAUUGUUACAUGUUAUGGAAAAAUAUUGAGCAAUGCCCCAUUGAAGGAUGAUAUGCAUCCUAGUUAGUAGUUUGAAAAGGAAACAACAAGCUGGAAAUACCAUCUAGUCUGGCUGAAGGGGAAGCCAACCCGAGAUGAAAUCAAAUUCCUUGUGAUUUCAUGGCAUGCCUCUCGCAGAAAGUUUUCAAUCUGUUGAGCCCAUCUUCAAGAAUGGUUGGCUCCACUACAAAACUUAUACGGAGCCAGUUCUUCACUCCUAAAGUGAUCCCGACACGACGAACAAACAGCAUAUAUCCGCCAGAAAUCAAUGAUACAGAAAGUUCAGUUAAAGUACUAGAUUUGAACAUUUUUUUUUACCUGGUAGAACUAUCACAGAUUUCUCCUUUGCUAGUUUGAGACAAAAGUCCAUGUCGUCUACAAUGUUUUCCAGGUGGGAUAGAUUCAGUCUUACCAUUGCAGACAUGCUUCCUUGAGGUUUGCUAGGACAAGUGAUGCAGGGGAUUUCCUUUAUUUUGCUGCAAAAAGAAUCUGCAGCUUCUCUUAGCAAAUUAUUGAUCUUUAAUAGAAAAUCGCCUUUUGUUUCUUCAAGAAUUUGACCUAUUGCACCCUGUCAUCACAAUUCACAAAGAUUAAUUUCGUCAGCUUUCAGUAUAGCUGUAUGUAUAAUUUCAAGAUCAAAUAGCCAGAAACCUGAAUGAUGGUAGAAGGAUCAGCAGACAUGUUGAGGAACCCAACAAGAAUCAACAAUCUGCCCCAAAUAUAACAGUAUCAUGAGCUCCUUUUAAACUAAAUCCUGAAUCUAGGUUAAUACCAUAUUGCAAGAAAAAUUUUAAAUACCCCUUGUUUUUAGAGAAUGUUGUUUGGAUCAUUGGUGACAAGCCAACCAAGUCUCCAACCCGGAACGAUCCACCUUUUCGAUAUGGAUCCAACUGUAACAACUGGAACAAUUGAUCCAAACACUCCCAUUGGUACAAAGGGAUUAUCUCCAAAGACAAGAUGGUAAUAAACUUCAUCUGAUAUAACUAAGAUUCCAAGCUUUCUCGCAGUUUCUGCAAUCUAGCAGAACAAGAAAGAAGACAUUUUCAUUAAGUUCAUUUCUGAGAUCACUAAUUAACUACAGUUCAAGAAAAUCAGACUUACCUUCUUCAGAUGUUCAUAUUUGUAGACAUUUCCACAGGGAUUUCCAGGAUUUUAUAAUUACCAUUGCAACAGUAUUUUCAUCUGCCAUAGAUUCAACUGAUUCAAGAUCAACUUCCCAAUCUUGUUCUGGAAGAAGAUCAAAGAAACGAGGCUCCAUGUGACAGAAUGCUGAUCGAGCCUGGUAAUAAGGAUAACCAGGUCUCGGGAGUAAAAUGUUUGCAUUCGGACGAGCAACAACAUGUAAAAUGACUUCAACUGCAUGACCACAUCCACAUGUUACAUAAACAUCAUCGGGCGAUAACUUGUACGGAAGAUCAUGCGACAGGUGUUCUGCUAUAGCCCUGGAAAAAUUUAAGUAGGCAAACAUCAUAACAUUAUAAUUAUAAGUCGUUAGAUAAAGUUAAUUUGGCUAGAUUGCGACACGAGAAAUUCCUCUGUUUUAUUAGUAGCUUUCUAAUCAUAGAAGAGAAGAAACAGACAAUAAGUCCAUGAGUAAAGAAGAGCAUACUUUCUAGCAGGAAGAAGACCAAGACCAGGGGCAUAACCAUAACUUAGAAGAUGAAAGGGCAUCAUGAGAUGCAUUUACAGCCUCUGAAGAAGUCCUAAAAGAUGGGAAAGCAGAUGGGUCGCCAUGGCCUAAUGGAAUGGUGGGUCUCGGGUCAUUCGGGUCCAAAUAACCCAUCAACAUGUCAAGAACACCUCUCACAGUUACUGAUGAAGCUUUUGCGAAUAAUUCAUUCCCUCUGAAUGCCCAUUUAUAUGAAGCAAUCACAUUCCCAUUUUCAAGCUCCAUUUCUUUGUUCUUUUGAUUACUGUGAACUUGUUGAACCUUUGAGAGGUAAGACCGAAGAACUCUCAUAGUAUUAAAUAUUGUUGGGCUUCUCUUCAAAUUCCCAAGCCCAUGGUGAGUAUUGGGUCUAUUUGAGUCCAAUAGGUUAGUAGGUUUUGUGUUGGUUUUAGUAUAAAUAGGAAAUGUUUGUACUAGAAUUAUAUGGGAGAAGAAAGGCAAGAUGUAGCCACUUAAUUAAGAGAGAGCUCUUGAGUGAGGGAUGUAGAAUUAGGAUUGAGUUGAGUGAAAAUCCUAUCAUAGUUUUUACUUCUUUGUAUAGUGAUGUGCAUCUUUCUUCCCCGUAGCACAUUGGAGGUGAGUGAUGGGAAACACUUUGUGAGAGAGUGUAAG